CUGUGUAUAUUUCAAUUGAUUUCCAUCCAAAUUUCCCCCCGACUUUCACUUUUCAUCCUCAACCUUGACGUUUCCAGUCGUGUGAGCGCGGCUUUAGCAGUCGCCAUGAUGGAAACUUUUUAACUGUCAACAUUCCCAAUCAAAACAUGCAAGAACAGCCCCAAAACGAUGGGGGCCCCGAUAACGUCUGCGCCGGUUGUCUUAACGUGCUGGACGAAGAGGACGUCAUCAGUGCCCUCAAUCAGGAGUGGCAUUUGGAAUGCUUUCGUUGUUCGGCAUGCGACGCGUCCUUGUCCAAUUGGUACUUUGAAAAGGACGGUCUUUUGUUUUGCAAAGAUGACUAUUGGUCUCGGUAUGGGGAGUCCUGUCAACAGUGCGGCCAAAUUAUCACAGGGCCGGUUAUGGUAGCUGGGGAACACAAAUUUCACCCAGAAUGCUUCUGUUGCGUCUCGUGUGGGGCUUUCAUCGGCGAUGGGGACUCUUACGCCCUCGUCGAACGCUCCAAACUGUACUGCGGACAGUGCUACAAGCGCCAGAUGCAGCCGCUCAAACGCAACACCAGAUGUCCCUUCAUCCGCAAACCGCACUCAAUCAGACUGGUGGAAAUACCAGGUGGCCAAAAAGGAAUCAAACUAUCAAAGGAUUCCGGAAACAAAUGCCUAAUUUCAGAGAAAAUACGGGGAAAAUUGCUUCGACUGGCUUUGGCUUUUCUAACAAAUGCGAUUAACACCUGUUGCUUGUUUUUGCCCCAUAGACUUGACAUGAAUGACGACUUGAUGUCGCUUCACAUUGGCGAUAAAAUACUCGAAAUUAAUGGAACACCAGUCAGGGACACUGCCAUCGACACGGUCGAAAAUUUACUAAAAUAUUCAGACACAGUCCUUCAACUAACCAUAGAACACGAUCCUGAUACGCUAAAACCAAUCACUCCAACUGUGUUGGCACCUCAGACACUUCCACUCACUACAACGUCAAGUGAUACCAACAUUCCCACAACAAAAAACAUACCCGAGCCAAAUCUUGGCGGCUCAACUGGUGACAUUCCAUGUCCGGAGGGUGGCAAACCUGCAAAUAAGGAGCGCUUGUUUAAACGACGUGAUGAGGGUUAUAUGAGUGGGACACGAUCAAGACAGCUGCGACGUAAAAAUCACCUGUCUGACAAUCGCCAACUUGAUAAAGAACGCAGUUCGUCGAUGAGUAGGCUACUAGAUGAGGCGCCAAAUUCCAAACGUUGUCUUGAAUUAUCUAGAGCGUAUUCGUUUCUCGAAUCACGGCCUCCUCAGCGUGUUUUCCGCGCUUCGGACCUCGUCAAAGGCGAACUCCUCGGUCAGGGUUUCUUCGGUCAGGUGUUUAAGGUUACGACACGUGAUACGGCCGAAGUUAUGGUGCUUAAAGAAUUGUAUCGAGUGGAUGAAGAGGCACAGAAGAAUUUUCUCAAAGAGGUGGCCGUUUUGCGUAGUUUGCAUCACAAUAACGUGCUUCGUUUCAUCGGUGUUUUGUAUAAAGAGCGGCGACUUCAUUUGGUCACUGAGUAUAUAUCUGGGGGUACAUUGACGGAGUUGAUACACGAUACGUCUCAGCCGCUCCCAUGGGAGCAGCGAGUGUCGUUUGCGAAGGAUAUCGCAGCAGGCAUGGCCUACUUGCAUUCGAUGAAUAUCAUUCAUAGGGACUUGAAUUCGCAUAAUUGUUUGGUGAGGGAGGAUAAGACUGUGAUUGUUGCGGAUUUUGGUUUGGCGAGAAUUGUGUCGCAUACGACCAAUAGUGCGACAAGGAUGUCGCCUAAAAGACAGGAGAGAAAAAAGAGGUAUACUGUUGUGGGGAAUCCCUAUUGGAUGGCGCCCGAGAUGAUGAAAGGGAAUAAAUACGAUGAGAAAGUGGAUAUUUUUAGUUUUGGGAUUAUUUUGUGCGAGAUUAUUGGGCGCGUUUUGGCCGACCCUGACUUCCUGCCCCGUUCAAACGACUUUGGCCUCAACCAAAUGACUUUCAAGGAGAAAUUCUGUGCUUCUUGUCCCGAAGCCUUCUACAAAAUUGCAUUUCUAUGCACCGAUCUCAAUCCGGAUAAGCGGCCGCCAUUUGAGGUUAUGGAAGUUUGGUUAGAAAGCCUCUCCAUGCAUUUAUCAGUGGGAAUGCCUCUCCCACCUGAUUUACUCUUCGAUAUCCAACACUACAGAGGCAUAAGCCCCAGUUCGUCUGGUAGUAACACCCCCGAUAGCAUUUCGGGCCACCGCAGUCCGGCCCUGGAACCAAUCAAAGAGGGCAAAACGACCGAAAAACCGAAAGUCGAAACCGUCGAAUAUCCGAAUUACGAAAACGUCGAAUUUGUAAAAACCGACAAGGCUGCCAACAACGUAAAAACGUCGAAUAAAUAUUUGGGGUCUAAAAAACCGGAGCCGAAAAAUUUGAGUCUCCAAAGUAUCAGUUUGAAUACGAUGUGCCCCUCUCGAGUGACCCAAAAAUUCGUUAAUAAUUCUAUAGUACAAAAGAAAAGUAUCCCAGAUGUGGUUUCGUCCACAUUGACCAAAAACCCUGAUUAUAAUAAUUUGUGUUCGUCCCGGAGGCGUUAUAUGAGGAUCUCGGGGACCCCUUUGAUGUCGCGACGGAAGCCCUGCGAGCCCCCCGAAAGUGGGGCUUCCGUCGUGCGGACCAUUAUCGAUAAUUUUAAUAAGAAGGAGUUGGACAGGGGGGCUUACGGUAGGUGCUCGCUGCGGGUGACCGGGAGUAAGAAGCUGGGGGGGCGCAGCGACAGCCCCGAUGAAUACACACCCUUGUAAUUAUACUAAUUAACAGUGCUUUAAACGUUCCAACUACGGGGGACUAUGACUUAGGAGACGAAACGAGAUACGAAAUCCCAAAAAAAUUGUCUUAAAUUCAAACAAUUUACUAAUGACUUGGAAAAAAUGCGGAAAUGUUGAGACUGAGAAAAACUGUCGACUAAUUUUUUUUAAGAAGUAUGGGAAAAAAUUAUUUUCAAUUUAAAAUUUGGGCUUCGUCCCGUAUUUUUCAAAACGCUGCGAAUACGGUUAAAGAUCCAAGAAAAAAGUUAAGAAAAAAAAGUUCGCAAGACCAUGACUUUAUCUUUAACGCUCAAGCGACGGAUUCGUUUCAUUUUUUUAGUCUUUACGUAUAUUGAGAAGAAAAGAAAAAUUGCGAACUACAAUUAGAAUAAGCGAAAAGAGAAAAUCACGAAUAGAGUAAACAGAAAAUUAUAUGAUUUUUUAAAGCAUUUUGAAAACAAAAAGUUCUUGAUAAUAUAGAAGCAAAGUAAAAAACAUAAUAUCAAAAGAAAUAGUAAUAUAAAAAUGAAAAAUCAAAACAUGUAUAACUAAAUUUAUUAUUUAUUUAAUAAUAAAUGCCUUUAUUAAUGAAUUACGAGUACAGUGUAGAUAUUGGUUGAUACACAUUAUUAACAUUAUUCUAUGGCGAAGUCUAGCUGCUGCUACUCUACUUAACCAUAGCAAAAGCAAUUACAAUAAACUUAGUUUCUAAAACACAUUUUGUUAAAAGUAAAAGUAAAAUAAAAUGAAGAUAAAUUGGCACAGAUUAUUCAAUUCAAACAAGGAAACAAAUAAAAAUAAGCAAAAAACAAAAUUAUGUAUUAUGUUGUGUUGAUGGUAAUAAAUAUACCUUAAUAAGCUUCUUACAUUUGCUUAGUGAUUUUGAUUUCAUACAGAAUUAUAUAAUUUGACAGCAUUAAAGGUAAAAUUUCUUGUAAACAAGCUAGUUCGGAAACGAGGCAGUGUGGCAUAAGUUAACGUUAUGAAAGUUAUGCUUAUCACUAAUAGGAAGGAGAAAAGUGGUUUUAAGAACAACGUGAACAUUAACAGUUAACUGUUAUUUGGAUAACAAAUUAGGAUUCAACUAUUACAACUCGCUUAGGGGAUAUGUGAUCAGUCACUGAUCAUAUUUACGGAAUUUGAAUGUAAAUCUACAAGUAUUUUGUAUUUGCGUUCUGUUUUUUUAAAUAAGUUUACUGACUUUUGAGCUGAUUUCAAGUUGAGUUACGACCAUUAACUUUCUAAUACUUGACCACCAGCAAAUUGAAGCAAAUCUGUUGCUUGAGACCGUCUUUGUAUGAUUUUGGGGCCUAAAUGGUUGAAGAUAGGUAUGCGGUCUCGCGGAUUUUUUGUAGGAAAUUUAAUUCUAUACAACUUUUUUUAGCAUCUGUAACCGUAUUCACAACGUUUUGAGUGCCAAUUGGUAAAAGUUUGAUUUUUUUAAAUAUAGUUUACGAUAAAAUUUUCUAUAAUUUAGUGCGUGUAUUUCUUUUUGUUUGACGUUACACUUACUUUAACGGUGAUGGAACAACUGCGCUCUCUGUCGACAUUAACGGAACCAUCGUGAACAGGAACGUUUUAUAGUGUCGUUUCGUAUCCUAACCUUUAGAUAUCCGUAGUUCCAAUGCUCAUGUAAUCCGACAAAAUUACUAAUUAUUCUGUGAUAAAUCUGUUAAGUAUUAAGAAGCGGAACAAUUUAUCGUUUAAUUUAGGUUUUAUGUGAUAUCAUUCACUAGCAAACUUAACGUACUUAUCGCCACAUUCCAUGUAUUUUUUAUGUUGUAAAUAAAACGAAAUUACACAAACUGUUUAUUGAAACUUGUCUACAUUUCAUUCGAAUCACACUCAACGUUUUCGAGCACUUGUUUAGUUUGUUGAAGUUGUUUCAUUGUCUUGAGCAACUGGAGCCCCAAAAUGGACGUUUCGUAGCGCAUCAUCAGGGUCUUACGGUACGUGGAGCGCAAGUCAGCGAUUUGGUUUUCCAUGAGCUUCGAAAUGGUGUCGUACUUUUGCGACCAUUGGGGGUGGCUUUUGCCCAUUUCCAAUAAUUCGGGACGCAUUUUUUCGAAUUGAAGAUGGCGCUUGACAGUGGUUUUUGGCGCGUUGUUUAAAUCUCGGGUCCGUGUCCGCGCACCAGUGCCGUAUCGAUCCGACUUGAAUUAAUAGCGCAGUGUCUCGGUGUAGUGUAGUUGGGUCCAAAUAUGGGGAAAAACCCUCUGAAUAGGAAAGUCUUCCAGCCGGCUCAAAGUCCAGUAACAAGCACCACAGCACCGCCGACAAGAUAACCAACCGCAAAGCAGUCAUCAAAAACGCCGAUAUGAGCGAGGACAUGCAGCAGGACGCCGUGGAUUGCGCCACGCAAGCCAUCGAGAAGUACAACAUUGAGAAAGUGAGCAAAGCGGCCCCAAAAUGUGGACACGUGACUCCCAAGACCCUUUUUCGGAAGUAAAAUUACUGUUGGGGGCGCCACUGAGCUAGGUCGAAAACAGUAACCAUAAAUGGCGGGAAAAUGGUUAUUCGGAUGUUUUGAGCGUUGUACGAAUUUUGAGGCUUCACCCCGCAAAUCGUAGAUUUUGUUAAUUGGUGUGUGUAAGCAGUUAUGUGAAAACAACAAGCAAACACAGCAUAAACAACACAAGAAGUACAAAAAUUAAAUUAAAUCUUUCGCAGCUUUUGAGUCUGAAGUAUAGAUAUGGCUUGGGAAUCUUGAAUCCGGUGUUUGUAGAAGAGUGUUUCAAAAUAUUAUUAUAUAGUGUCGUUUUAUGUUGUUUUUAUCAAGUGACAAUAAUCACCCGGUAUUAAAAUGUACACAAUUUCGUUGAGAGUGUUGUUUUUGAUGUAAAUGUGGGUGUUGAGCAAAAAUGUUUGUUUCAGGACAUUGCGGGGUACAUAAAGAAAGAGUUCGACUAGAAGUACGAUCCAUGGUGGCUCUGCAUCGUGGGCCGAAAUUUCGGUUCGUUUGUGACCCACAAGUCCCGUCAUUUCAUCUAUUUCUAUUUGGACCAAGUGGCGAUACUUUUAUUCAAGAGCGAUUAAAUUAUCAUUCCCUGUACCAGUAUUCCAAUGACAAAUUUAAAUACUUGAUAACAAUAACAACAAAAAGAUGUAUUCAAUGUUCACCCAUGUUUUUUUUUUCAGUUUUUAUUUCGGUUAAUUCCAUUUUCGAAUCAACAAGUGUGUUUUGAUGGACUCUCUCGGUGUGGGUGACUCGAAAAUGGAUUUCUAAAUCCAAAACGUGGCGUGUUUUUGGUGUAUAUUAUAUGAAUGUUAAAUAUAAUUUUUGCUGAUUGAUUUAAUUUUAUUUUGUGAUUUUUUCGGGAAAUGUUGGUUAGGACGCACAAUUAUAGAUCGGCUUUAAAUGCACAUAAAAUCAACAUUUCUUGGUCGCCCUUCCCUCAGUGGAUGUUGAUUGCUAAGUAUAUUCAUAUACUAAGAAACUUUAUUCCGUAAGUUGUUAAUCUAUUUUAUAAGCCAUCUUUACUAAAGUUGUAUUUUAGUCUUUUUAUACAUGAAUGUAGAUUAUAAUUUUUGUUUACUUCUUGAAUGAUUUAUGGAGCGUUUACUCGUGACAUAGCGUCCAUUUAAAUUAACAGCUCCAGGUGAUAUCACGUUUAGUUCUUUUAAAUGACUUGAGUCACUGCCGCUACAUUUAGAAGAACUAAGAUCAAUUUUUGCUUGCUUCGGACGAUUCUUCCGAAACACGGAGGAAGUGCCACUUGUACGUUAACGUUGGCAACAACUCCAAUGCCAAUCGUUGCCAACCUAAACCUGGACAAGUGUCACCACUGUACAAGAUAUAUUUUUAUAUAAAAAACCCACAGGAUGGGCAUGGUCUUUAAUAAGCGACUCGCUUUAAUUUAGAUCAAUUAAUUAAUUAGGCAAUUGUUAUAAUUUAGAAGAACUAAAUUCAAAUAACGCUCUCUUCACUCACUAGCUUAAGACUUAACUGUACAUUUAAUGUUAUUUUACUCUAGAACCUACCCGAAUCCUAUCCCGAAGCUCUCCUCGACUCUUUAACCCCUUAUUUUUAUACUAUGUAAUUUCUAUAUGUAGCAAAUACAUGGUUAAAGAUU